AAUAUGUUCUGAAGCAGCACAGCCAUCCUAUAUACCACAGGAUAUAGACAUGAUUAUGGCUGUGAAAUACCAAGUUUUUCAACUGUAGUUUUCUACAGGAGCAAUGAAGAGUUUCCUGCUGCCUGAUGACAGCUGAAGAUGACAUGCUGGGAUCCGGAGGAUUACUGUAGUUGUGCAAACUUUCUUCAGACAUCAGUGAGGGACUUUUAACGCAUCGAAUGCAAGAAGGAGUCUGUCCCACGAGUCUGCAGGAUGAGCAGCACAUUUGUGACCCUAGCUGAGGUGCUGGAGGCUAGGGGAGGGCCUCUAGAGGAACAUGAGGUCUGGUCUUUGCUGCUGGGCUCUGCUGAAACGCUGCUGGAUCUCUCCUAUAAAGGUCACAACAACAUCUGCAAUAUCAUCAGUCCUGCGUCACUGCUUCUAUCUGCAACUGGCACACUGGCGUUUAAGAACUGUGCGAUGACGGAUGAGGCAUGUGCUUUCACUGCUCCAGAGAUGCUGCAAGGCCGCACCAUCUCAACUAAACUGGCCGUGGAAAAGAUGAUUGUAUACUCUCUUGGCAUGACUCUGUAUUGGUCAGUGGACUAUCACCUUCCUCAAAACCAGCCCAUUCCACUGAGUGACUCUCUGAACUGCCUUCUGCUGAGCAUGUGUGAGGACAUGGCCCACCGCCGAGUCAACCUCAACACCAUCCUGGAGUCGUGUGAAUCUCACCACAAAACCUCACUCCUGCCUCCACCCAACAAAGUGAUCAGGCAGCUGGUGGAGGACGUCUUCCAUGAUACUGGGGACCGGUCGACUCUUACUGACAACACAGUGCAUCUUAGUGGUAGAAGUCAGAUGAUCAGAGAACGGCUUCAUGGAAAGCAGGGAGUGUACCACGACUACACUGAAGGGAGCGGAGCUGCAGCAGAGAGACAGCGCAGACUGUCACUGGAUUCAGAGCCCAAGCAGGGAGGAUUCCAUCAGCAGAAAACCUGGUCCCUCAAAAACAGAUCAUCCCAGAUGCCUACUUACCAGGGCAUUCAGAGCAGGAUUCCACAGGGAGCCCAUCACAGUGGCCGUAAUAGUAGCUGGCUGUCCCAGAGCACGUACCUCCAUGUCCCCUGCAAGGGUGAACAGAGGCAUCGCAGCCCCUCUGUUUCUGUCAGCGAGUCUACCCUCAACCUCGCCCACAGAAGAGCUAAGAGCCUGGGACCUGAGUUUGCAAGAAUGGUGGAUGAGCCUCAAAUCGUUUUAGAGCUGCCUGGAUCUAUAGUGUCAAAGAAAGGGAAGUCCUGCUUAUCACAGAGAGAAGUUAGCGUGGUGAUGCCAAACGAGCAGUGUGUAACAGUGAGAUGUGACAUCAAGUCCAGAGGGAGAGAUGUCUUCGACAUGGUUGUGGCUCACGCUAACCUUGUGGAGCACUUCUACUUCGGCCUCGCCUUUCUUGAUGAUGACGAGUUUUUCUUUUUGGACCAUGAGACAAAGAUCUCAAAAGUAGCUCCAGACACCUGGAAGAAACUAGCAACAUCUCCUUUCACCCUCUUUCUUCGUGUUAAGUUUUUUGCUGAUGACGUCACCUUCAUAUUGCACAAACUAACCCGUCACCAGUACUAUCUCCAGCUGAGGAGAGAUAUUUUGGAGGAUAGAGUGCACUGUAAUGAGGACACUGCUGUAUACCUCGCUGCUCUGGCCCUGCAGGCUGAAUUUGGAGACUACAUGGAUGAGGUGUAUGGAAGGAACUAUUUUCAAACUGAACAUUACAUCCCAAAAAGAGUGAUGGAAAAAAUUGCGUUGCCUUGUUUAAGGGAAGAGUUGCCAAGAUUACAUGCCAAUAAUGCCCAGAUGCUUCCUGAAGAGGCUGAGAUUGAGUUUUUAAAGAUUGCACAACAGCUGCCUGAAUAUGGAGUGCUGUUUCACCGAGUGGCUCGAGAGAGGAAGCCUGUCAUUGGAGAUCUAACUCUAGGAGUUUGUGCCAAAGGAAUUAUGGUUUAUGAAGUCAAAAACAACUCGCGGACGUUAAUCCGCAGAUUUCAGUGGUCUGAAACUGAUAGUAUCUCAACAACUCGGCGAAAGUUUACUAUAGAAUGCAGCCCCAGUGGAAAAAAGCACUCCUUUCUAACUGAAAGUUCCAAAAUUGCACAAUAUCUCCUGAGCCUCUGCUCUGCCCAGCAUAAAUUCCACAGUGAGAUGACCUCACGACAGCUGACCACGUUAGCCUCAGAUGACAAUAUUGCUAAAUAUUCAUUGUGUCGGGCUCGGCACAGCCAGAUAAAGAGGCUGUCUUGUUCAGAAAUGGUGCUUAAUAAUGUUGGUCUGAACCACGGUCCCAUGGAUUCCAUGAGCAAGUCGUGUGAUGACCUCUCAGCGAAGAUCCAACAGCAGAGAGAAGCAAACGACACUCCAGAACCACGAGCGCUGAGUGAGCUGAGGAAACCCAGUCAAAGCUGCAGCCCCCCAGAGACCUUUGGUUCUCCAAUUUACAGAAUAGCGUCCAAUAUGUCCUUGCAAAAGCAGGAUUCAGAACCUCACUCCAUCUCCUCCAUGCGAGCUGACACUCCUGUUAGAACUCCGCCAGAAAGAGAAAUCAUCUGUGUGACACUGAAGAAGGAUCCUAAGCUUGGCUUUGGUUUUAUAAUAGUUGGUGAAGACAACACAGGGAAGUUAGACCUGGGAAUCUUCAUUGCAUCUGUUGUCCCUGAUGGUCCAGCUGAUAAAGAUGGCAGAAUCAGGCCAGGUGGCAGACUGAUCUCUCUCAAUAAGAUCAGUCUAGAAGGGGUGACCUUUAGUGCAGCUGCUGCCAUCCUACAGAACAGCCCGGAUGAAGUGGAGAUUAUAGUGUCUCAAUCAAAACAGGAGCUUGGGGACAGUAAAACGUCCUUGACUACUGGUAACCUGAGCAUGAUGCUGGAGAGAGGCUUUGACUCUCAGUCAACUCUGAGUGCUGAGUACAGGCCGGUGAUGGAGGAGCUGGAGGAGGCCUUGUCUAACAUUAUGACUCCCAAAACGGGAAGAAAGCUACACAUCCCUGUUGUUCGGAUCCUGGAUACACAGGAAACGUUCUCUAGGUCCUCCUCCAGCUCGAGUCUCAGACCUGGUGAACUGCUCGGUGUGGAGCUCAGAAAGGUCAAUGGCAGUCUAGGCAUCAGUGUUGCUGGGGGCAUCAACACUAACAUACGCUAUGGAGGAAUCUAUAUCAAAAGCUUGAUUCCAGGAGGAGCAGCUGAUCAGGAUGGCCGAAUACAGAUUGGUGACAGGCUGCUGGAAGUGGACAGCUGUAAUCUGCGAAGUGUCACCCACAGGCAGGCGGUGGAGUGCCUGAAGAAAACUGGAGAGGUGGUGAGUCUGCUUUUAGAGAGAGAGCCUCCUGUGGUGCUGGAAACCUGCAGCUCCUCGUCCACCAUGGAGAGACAGAAAUCUCACUCACCCUUCAGUGCACAGAGCACCACCGCCACCCCCCUCAGGAGAGAAAUCACCAUGGAAACGUCCUUGUCUGUCAGGGGCAAGGACUACAGCUUUGUGUCAGAUGCAAACACUCUGGAGGUGACUCUAAAGAAAAGUCCUAAAGGCUUGGGCUUUAGCUUCCUCAUCACAGACCUGAGGCAUGAAGGAGGCAGUGUGGUGCGCAUUAGGAGACUGUUCCCUGGGCAGCCGGCUGAGCAGUGUGGCCUGUUACGGCAGGGAGAUGUAAUCCUCGCAGUUAACGGAGAGCCUCUCAGAGGUCUUUACUAUCAGAGAGUUUUGCAGCUGCUACAGGGAGCUCCACCUGAGGUCAAGCUGACAAUCUGUAGACCUUUACCAGGUCAGCUUCCUGAUAUGGAAACCAAUUCCUUGAGUGCUUUCUCACCCCAUGCUAAAGAGCACAGGUCACGCUCCUUAGACUUGCGAGUGGGAUAUAUUUCUCCAGACUUCCGCGACAUGCUCCAGCAGAAGGCCAUGGCACUGAGCCAGAGGACAGAGUGGGCUGGAUACAAACCCCAAGAGCCUCAGAGCCAGGACAGCGAGCAGGACAAGACCCCUUCAACUCCUUCAUCUCCAUCCUCGCCUCCAUCUCUGGAUGAAGAGCCACAGGAGAAUGCUGCUAUUCAGAAAAAAGUUCUCCUCAACAUUGCCCCUCCUCCAACUCCAGCUGUGGUCACCUUAACAACCCCCAACCCUGUUCCAGAUACACCCAAAGAGUCUCCCAAACUUCUAGUCUCGCAGCCAGAGCUGAAAGAGGACAUCCCCUCAAGAAUCAACAGUUCCGCUUUUAAUACCAGUGACCUUACUGAGGACGUGGAUGGCAGUAGGGCGUGCUUCAUGGCUAAUGGACUGGCUAUCUUAGCUGAUGAGGAGUAUCUGACCAUCACCACCACUGUCCCUAGUCCACCCAGCUACAGCACGGCCUCUUCCAAAAUUCGGAACCCACCUGUAUCUCUCACACUGCCUGCACUUCUUCCUUUACCUGUUUUACCACCUCCCAGUCCACCGAAAACCACCCUAAUCACAGCACAGUCUGCCACCUCUGCAGCCCAGCCCACCUCAGACCCACAAGCAAGCACCAACAAUGGCUGGGAUGAUGAAGAGGAAGAUGAUGAGGACCCUAGAAAGGAUGUGAUGAAGGAGUUUGAGCUGACUGUAACACUCAGCAAAUCGUGGAGUGGCAGUUUUGGGUUUACAGUUACUAGGAGUAAACUGGAUGGCUGCUAUUACAUUCAGGAUAUCCUGGAUAAUCCAGCCAAAUCGGAUGGGAGACUCAGACCAGGGGACAGACUUAUCAUGGUGAAUGGUCAUAAUGUAACUAAUGUGACAGAUGAAGUGGCCAUGAGAAUUCUGAGGUAUUCCUCUAAACGGCUUCAUAUGGUGCUGGGCAGAGCUGUGCAGAACCUGUUGCCCCCUCCACCUCCAGACAGCCUUCAAGACAUCAUUAUAUACAAGACUCCUUCUGGACAAAUGGGUAUUAAGCUGACAGGUGGCAUUGGCAGCAAGUGGCAGGGCAUUUGUGUUCAGGAAGUGGUGCCAAACUCUCCUGCCAGUGAAGAGGGCAGCAUUCAGCCCAACGACAGGAUUGUCUACAUCAGCGGCAAGUGCACCCUCGGAAUGACUCUGGAGGAUGCUGUAAAGGCCUGUGAGAACGCCUCACGCAAAGUCAAACUCAAAGCCAUGAGAGAUGAUCAACCUGUGACACCCAAAGGCAAAUGGAACGGAUUGUUUGAGUGGAAGAAGGAUAAGAAAUUCUUUCCCCGCUUUGAGGAUUUCGGCACAUCUGAUGCGGAGGCUGCUUCUGACGAUGUAAAAGCUGCGUCUGAAAAUGCAGUGAGAUUCAGGCAGAGGCUGUCUGUAACCUCAGAGCAAGAGAGCUGUAUUCUUCAGGUGGAGUUCAAUAAACCAGAGCGAGGUGGGCUGGGCUUUUCUCUGGCAGGUGGUAUCAACAGCAGCAAUCUGAGAGUCAGAGACAUCUGCUGUGGGAGUGUGGCUGAGCAGGAUGGGCGGCUACGUGUAGGAGAUAUCCUCUUGGAGGUGAAUGGUGUCAUUGUGUCAGGGUUGAGCCACAGCAAGGUGGUGGACAUUCUGAGGAAAGCAGAAGGGACGGUUCAGCUGACAGUGUGCAGAGACAUCCUGCCUGCCACUAUCCGCUCUGACUCCAACUCCUCUGCAGAGGCUAAUCAGGAACACAGUGCAUCCUGUACCACAAGAGUAACCUCAGACCUACAGGUGCAGGAGGAUCAUUUGUCUUUCCAGUCAUCACAGUGUCAUGGGAUAAGGAUGGAAACUGAGCAGGACAGUCGAAACACUACACCGACCUGUCAGAGGUGUUGCCCGUCUCUGGGUGUCACAGACAUGCUUCAGGGCAGGACAGACCCCCAGAAGCAGCCCCUAGAAAAUUUGACCACGAACAUGGAGCAAAGCCACUCAGACGGCUGGAGCAGUGAUGAUGAUGAUGAUGAUGACGAGGACGAGGACACAGCACGGCCUUCCCCACUAGAAACAAUGCCUCACACAGGUCAACCUAUCGUAUCGGAGGAGGAACUGACCAGCCUUGCGCUGAUAAGCCCACCUAAGAACAGCCAGUACUCAGGAGCCAGACUCAAAGCCCUCAUUCAGAUCCUCCAGAAUCAGCUGGAUCAGCAGGAGCUGGUGAAAGAGUUUAUGGCCUUGGAGCAUCUGAAGCCCUUAGACAACUGCCUGGUUGGAAAAGCUCCAGAGAACAGAGAGAAGAACAGAUACAGAGACAUCCUGCCCUAUGAUGAGACACGUGUUCCUGUGGGAGAGAGGCAGGAUUACAUCAAUGCGAGCUACAUCCGGAUGAAAGUGGGCACAGAAGAGUUUUUCUACAUCUCAUCGCAGGGGCCGCUGCCUAGCACUCAAGACUGCUUCUGGCAGAUGGUGUGGGAGAACAAGUCGGACGUCAUCGCCAUGAUGACCAAGGAAGUGGAGCGUGGCAGGGUUAAAUGCCACAAGUACUGGCCUGAGAAACUCCACGUUCCCAUGGAGACCGGCCACUACCAGCUGAUCCUCGACAACUACCAGAUUCAGGACUAUUUCCACAUCAAGGUCAUCAGAAUGGUGGAGAAAGAGACUGGAGCCACUCACUUUGUGAAGCAUCUGAAGUUCACCACAUGGCCGGACCACGGCACUCCACACUCAUCCAAACAGCUGGUGCGCUUUAUCCGCUACAUGCGAGCGGUGCACUCCAGCGGGCCCAUCACAGUGCACUGCAGCGCCGGCAUCGGCCGGGCGGGCGUCCUCAUCUGCACUGACGUCAUCCUCAGCCUCAUUGAGAAGGACCUCACUAUUAAUGUGAGCGAGAUUGUGAGAGAGAUGCGGCUGCAGCGGUACGGGAUGAUACAGACCAAGGAACAGUACCUCUUCUGUUACAAAGUGUGGCUGGAAGUCUUGCAGAGCAUCUUGCUUCUUCACGGUAACCAGUGGCAAUCAGAAACCCCCUCGUGAACGAACUCUGGCUUCCUUCCACCUUAAGUUAUUCCACAGUUUCCUUAGUGCGGCGGCGGCGCUCGUCUGUUUGAGUGUUGAAGCGCUGCCGCUCGAGCUAUCUGAUGUUAAUCAUGCGGACUGAGUUCCAGUGCUGUUCUGAUCAUUUGCUGCACUCCUGUAGUAUUAAAUAUGGCACAGGAAGUACUCUAGACAUUUUCAUCAACUGUGCUCUAUGGUCGUAUGAGCGGAUUUAUAUAUAAUGUACCAUGUAUGACUGCGCAUUGAUUUCAUAGCCUUCGGGGGCUCUUACUCAUUUUGCCUUGAAUACACAGUCAGUUAAAAAGUGAAAUAUGUAUUAUACGCAUAACUCAUUUAUUCAUACUUGUGCUUUUGUUUUUUCAAGCAUUUUGCACAGUUUCCAGCUUUAAGAAUUCCAGUGAAUAUAUGCCGGUGUAUCUAUGGAAAUUUAUCUUUCAAUAUGUAUGCAGAACUAAAAAGUCUGUUUAUGUCCUGUUACAAUUGUUGUUAUUGUUAUAAUAUUUAAGUAAACAUGGCAGUACAUUUAGAAACAACUGCACCAAUAAGCACAGAAGCACAGAAACCAAUCAAUAUAAAAGCUAUGAUGAAAAAAAACAACAAAAAAAUAAAACACCUCAAAAUGUAAGAUGAUAGAAGUCUGCCUAGCACAAGAAGUUGUUCUUACGUAAUUUGUAAUGCUGUGAAUCAUUCUUAAGAACCAGCUUAAAGAGAGAGAGACGCUCUGAGCUGAAAACCUCGAGUAAAGUGCCUUUUAAUUUGUCCGGGUGGGCGGCUUUAGCGGUCUUCUCUCUGACUGAAGUAAGCUACCAUGGCUGCAAGCUGUUGACAGACAUGGCAGAAAGAGUUAACCCAAAGAGACAUGGGUAAACAUAUGAGAUUACCAAGCAGAGCCUUCUUUUCAGGAUUUACAGCCUCCCUCCCAAGUGUCAGCAACAGACAUUAUUCCACUGAUCACCCUUAAAUAAAUUAGAAUCACAGAUUAGAACAAGCCCGGGCCUAAAAGGAAGUGAUUUAGAGCAGUACCCACAUUGCCACUGUAAUAUCACUGAAUUUGAGCAGUAGAAUAUUGAUAGCAAUGCUUUCAGAACUAAUUACUAUAUUUUAUGGUUUAGAUAUAUGCUUUUGGGAUGAUGCUAGUACUUCACAUAUAUGAAGCUUUACUACUGCAUGGUACCUACAAUACUUAACUCUGCUCUGGUUCAAUUUCCACUUCCAUAGCUUCCCAUAAAAAUUAGCUGGUGAUAUCACAAAACACCAACGCAACAUUUGUACCUCUUCAAAAGACCAUGGUGUAAUUGUAUAAGCUAUCAUUGUGGGUCCUAUGUGAGACUUGUGGCUCUGGUCAUUCAGUGCAUUGCAAUAAGCUAAAAAAAAAAAGAAAAAUCAAAAAUGGGGUCUCAUUAAUAUCUCUGUAGUUUCUCCUAGACAGAGAUCAAAUAGAAAGACAAAGGAGACUAAUCACAUAGGUCUCUAGCUGUUCAAAUGUGUCUCCUGAGAUAAAGAGCUCAGUAAUCUCACACAUGUCUCCUCUUGAGGUUUACUAUAGAUCUACUGUAAAAGGUAGUGGUGGGUCAGUGUUUAGAGCAGUACAGGGUUGUGGGUUUGAUACCCAUAUUUGGCUACCUGCCAACAGAUCUCCCCAGGUCUCAUAUGUGUCUAAAACCACAUUCUCAGUUUUAACUCCUUAAACCGCAGAAGUAUCUCAAGUCUAUUUUUUUAUGUAAUGCUAUUUCUCUUAAGCAAUUUAAGGAGAACAACUGUAACAAAGUCGAUUUCUAAAUAAAUUAAGAAUCCCAAAUAGGUCUACUAAGACAUCAAAGAUCAACAGUAGAUGAAAAAUAUGUAUCUUAACUGUCCACUUACGAAAUUUCCACUGGGUUAAAGAUCUUUAUAAUGACAAAUGAGCAAAAUAAAGCGUGUGCUUCCCACAAACUACAAAAUGGUGACCAAGAUAUAGUCCUUAAAAAAAGUAUUCAGACGCCAGCUUAUUGUUUUUAUGAAUGGUGUUAAAAAACUACUACAAAUCUAUUACAAAUAAGCACACAAUCACUCUACAUAUGACUGUACGUAUGAGCCUUUAACAGAUUAUUUUCAAUUAGUAGAAUGUUCACACUGCUGCUACAAAUCUCAUUUCUAUGAUUGGAUCGCAGGAAACAAAAGUAAAUUACAUAACGUUUAGAUGGACUGUGAAGACAACUCAUUUAAGUUCUGACCGAGACCGGAGUUUGUCUAUUUAUAUGGUUUAUAUGACACACUUGCUUACGGGGUUGUUUGUAACCAAGAUACCAAAAACUAAAAAGUAACAAAGCCAAGUAGACUUGAGUUUGUGUAAGUACCAGGCAGUGGAAAAGCUCUUAGACUCAUUCUGUUCACCUGGUGUAUUCAGAUCUUUGUUUUAAAAAGAUGUGAAGCUGAAAUGAAGAAGUCAUUUAUGUGCUGCUAUAGUAAACAAACACAUCAAAGCUGAUAUUUACCCACUAACUGUAUUGCUAGGAUUUUGUAUUCUAUUAUUCCAGUGUAUAGAGAUCUACUGCUGCUAUGUACGUACACCUAGGUAUUAUACCUUCAAAAUGUGUGUUUGAAGUCUCCACAGUGAAUGUUACUAUAUUUAGAGAUGUUUCAAAAUCUAAAUAAUGGAAUAUAAAUCUGUUAUUAUAGUAGUUUUUCCAAAUAAAAAAUCACCAAUUCCUCA